AUGCCUUUUCUACGAAGAAAGCAGAUAACGGAAACAGCCUUUAUCAGACACAUACCAAGGGUUGCUUCACCAAAGGUGAUCACACCGGCAGGGCGAAUUACGGGUUACAAGCAAACCAAUGCCUUUUCUACGAAGAAAGCAGAUAACGGAAACAGCCUUUAUCAGGUACCUUGUUAA